AUGAUCGAUGAGUUCAUGAUCAAGAUGGGAUUCAAGAAGUGCGAAUCGGACCACUGCAUCUACAUCAAGCGAGACGACCAAGUCAAGAUUCUCGUGGUGCUCUACGUUGAUGAUCUUAUCCUGGCCAGCAGCAGCAACGAACUACUCAAGUCGACCAAGAUGGCGCUGAGCACACGCUUCAAAUGA